AACUCGCUGCUUCAGGGACGUUCAUUGAUGGGCCGCGGAGGUUGGCGGAGGGGAGCUGGCGGAGGAAUGUGUGGAUCGUUGUGGAUCACGGUCAGCCAAGAUGGCGAAUCGCUGUGAGGGUUGAGGGGUAUCGCGCUCGUUCGUCGCAGGGGGUGUUCGUACACAUGACGUUCGCACAUCCGUGAAGUGGCGUAUUAUGUCCUCGUACACGUUCUCGCAGAGGCUGUUCACGCCGACGCCGCCGGAGCGCGGCAGCUUCCCGCUGGACCAUGAAGGCCGUUGCAAGAGCACCAUGAUCAGGUACAUGCGCUGCCUGGCCGAGAAUCGCAAUCAGAACACGAUGUGCCGCGACGUCGCCAAGGAGUACCUCGCCUGCCGCAUGGACCACGAUCUGAUGGCGCGCGAGGAUUGGUCCAAGCUCGGCUUCGUCGAAGAGAUCAAGGGCGUCAAGGAAACGUAACGUCGAUAUCGUCUUCGAGAAUAGAUACCCCCGUGUAUCUCGGAUAGGAGGGGUCGUCCUUAUCGUUGUUGUCGUCGUUCGUUUCGAGUCUCCUCCGGAGUGCCUGGUGCACUCUCUAGCCAAUUUCGGUGCUCUUGGAACUUUCUAUGUAAAUAGGAUGCCAUAACGAUAAUUCGGUGAUUUAGUGUGUUCAAACGAGAAUACGCACUGCCAGCCAGGUGUAACAAGGACUUCCUCUAGUGCUGUUGAGAAAAAUAAUUAACAAUAAAAACAAAGAGACCAAUAAAGAGAGAAAGAAA